AUGCCGCAUGUCGCAUGCUCGUCCGAUCGCAAGGGCUCACACGACCGCAAGGGCUCGCACGACCGCAAGGGCUCGUACGACCGCAAGGGCUCGUACGACCGCAAGGGCUCGAACGACCGCAAGGGCUCGCACGACCGCAAGGGCUCGCACGACCGCAAGGGCUCGCACGACCGCAAGGGCUCGCACGACCGCAAGGGCUCGCACGACCGCAAGGGCUCGCACGACCGCAAGGGCUCGCACGACCGCAAGGGCUCGCACGACCGCAAGGGCUCGCACGACCGCAAGGGCUCGCACGACCGCAAGGGCUCGCACGACCGCAAGGGCUCGCACGACCGCAAGGGCUCGCACGACCGCAAGGGCUCGCACGACCGCAAGGGCUCGCACGACCGCAAGGGCUCGCACGACUAG